AUGCUCAUCGAUAGCGCGUACUCAGUCUUCGAUGCAUGGUCGAAUACCAACCUCGCGGUCUAUUGGGGCCAGGACUCAUCGAAUCAUCAGAAGGACCUCCGAUACUACUGCGAAGACGAUACCAUCGACAUCAUCCCCCUCGCGUUCUUAUACGUGUUCUUUGGCGACGGUGGGUACCCCGUCAUCGACUUCGCCAACACAUGCAACCAGCAGACAAAUGCCACCUUUACAAACACGACGCUGGCUGAUUGCUCUUUCAUGGCGUCCGACAUCCAGUACUGCCAGUCCCGCGGCAAAAUCGUCACCCUCUCGCUCGGCGGUGGAACGGGUGUCGUCAGCUUCACGUCCGAUGACCAGGCAAAGUCGUUCGCGGACCAGGUGUGGAAGAUGUUCCUUGCGUACGAGUGGCAGAGUGGUGGGGUGCACAGGCCGUUUGGGUGGGCGGCUCUUGAUGGUGUCGAUCUUGACAUCGAGAGCGGGACACCUGCUCACUACGCUGCGUUCGUGAACCAGAUUCGGACCCACGAGCUCAAGGGGACGCGGAGGUACUUCGUAUCUGCCGCACCACAGUGUCCAUACCCAGACGAGAACAUAGGAUCUGCGCUCGAUGAAGCCCCAUUCGAUGCUGUGUUCGUCCAGUUUUACAACAACUACUGUGCCUUGUCGUCGCCUAAUUCGUACAACUUCAACGUCUGGGACGACUGGGCACGCAAUACAUCUUACAACCCUUCCAUCAAGGUAUACAUCGGUGCGCCCGCAUCCAACGACGCAGGCUGGGGUUACGUGAACACGAGCGCGCUCGAGGCCUACGUGCACGAUGCACAAGAGAAGUACUCGUCCUUUGGCGGGGUGAUGUUAUGGGAUGCUUCUGAAGCUCACGACAACGACCGAUAUGACCUCUCUGCAAAGAAGGCACUCCAAGACGGGCCGCACGCGCACAGCGGCGAUGAUUUGGAUCCGCCGGGCUCGCUGGCGUCUAUUGUGUCUCUGCCUAUGCCUACACCAGAGAAUGCCCGCUCAACUUUGAGUCCAAGCGCAUCUAUCCCUCUUCCUUCUUCUCCACCGGGACGGUUUGCGUUUGAAGGUACCGUUGUGUAA